AUGACGACAAGCGAGAUGACGAUUAGGCAGAUUGAAGGCCAGGCGAAGUUCCGAGGCACAGCUUCUGGCCAAACUGCGAGGACGAACGCUCAGCGGGAAGCUCACCCAGGGCAGACCGAGGAGGACCAGGACGAGGAGAUCUUUCAUAGCUUCACGCCGGCUUCCUUCGACUUGCUGGUCCCCAAACUCAAGCUCAAGCUCGACUCGGUCCGGCUCCACCUCGAUAACCUCCCGCCUCCCACAGCCUUUCAGUCACGUCAUCCUCAAUUGGUCAGCUCGAUCAGUCUGCUCACCGAAUGGUCCGAUCUGCUUUGUUCUAGCAUCAUCAUGACUGAAAGGGAGUUGAGUUUCUAUUCAAAGGAGCGAGACCGGUCGAUCAUUAUCCCAUACCAGGCAAUAAGCUUACAUGGGAUCUCGGGUGGAGGGGUUGACGCACAGCUAUACUGUCAGCUGGAUUUAGUGGAGAUGAUCGCAAAGGAAGGAGACCGCUCGACUUUGGUCCAAGAGAUAUUCCAGGCCAUGUCCUAUUGCGCGUCUCUCCACCCAACCAUACUACCCAGGAUGGAAGACCAAGACGACAAGGACGACCACCAUCUCCUUGAGGCCCUUCUCGAUCACGAUACUUCUACUGAACAACCCUCCGCCGACCAGCUCUCUGUCUCCAAUCGCUUUCAGCCUUAUUGA